CUUCCUGACCGGUCGCUGCAGCUUCGCGCAGCUGGCCAACAGCUUCCCAGGUCAACUCGUACACGAGAAAAGUGACAACAGCAUUGACCAGGCGGCUCGUUAUAUUUAUUUGUUUUGAUAAUUAGCUGCAUUAGCUUUCAAACUGUAUUCAAUUCCUAUUCGUAUUUUAGUGGCGAGUUUGAUUCACGUAAAAUGGUGUUUUACUUCACAAGUGCCGUGGUGAACCCUCACUACACAAUCUACAUGGGGAGAGACAAAUAUGAAAACGAGGAUCUAAUAAAGUACGGAUGGCCUGAAGACAUCUGGUUUCACGUGGACAAACUGUCUUCGGCUCACGUUUAUCUGAGACUGCCAAAGGGUCAGACCAUAGAUGAAAUCCCCCCCGAGGUGCUGAUAGACUGUGCACAGCUGGUGAAGAACAACAGCAUCCAAGGCUGUAAGAUGAACAACAUCAAAGUGGUUUACACACCUUGGGCCAACCUGAAGAAAACCGGAGGCAUGGACGUCGGACAGAUCGGCUUCUUUCGACAGAAAGAGGUGAAGAUUGUGGCCGUGGAGAAGAAGGUCAAUGAGAUCGUAAACCGCCUGGAGAAGACCAAAGCAGAAAGCCUCCCUGACCUGGCGGCAGAGAAGGAGGCGAGAGACCAGGAGGAGAGGAACGAGAAGAAAACACAGCUCCAAGACCAGAAGAAGCAGGAGAAGGAGGAGCAGAAGAGGAAAAAGGAGAUGGAUGAACUCAAGUGCUACACUUCACUGAUGAAGAGUGAAAAUAUGACGACCAAUGAGGACGGUAACGAUUCAGACGACUUCAUGUGAGAGGAGAAGCAGACGGAACGUCGGGACGCCCCUCUGCUGCUUGUGCUUGAUGUAACUCUGACACUGAAAGAAGACAAAGACGAAAUGGAUACCUUUUUUAUUUUAUUUUAUUUGAUCUUAUCUUUUGGACACUUGGGGCAGAACCUGAGUCGAUGAGGGACGGCGCCGGGGAUUUAUUCCAAUGGCCUCUUCAUCGAGAGGUCAAAGAAAACGCGGGACGACAAGAAUGCCGAGCAUCAUUUUAGGGGGGAAAAAACACUCAAAUAGCAGAACUGUGUUCUCACUGCUGUUGGUUUCUGAUAAGAAGUCGCGGCUCUGUGUUUUUACAACCCUGCAGACUCUUCUCUUGACUUUCUUUUAUGUGUUCAUUUCUCUGCACGUCUGAUUUCACUCACUACAAUUCAAUGUAUUAAACUUCACAGUUAUAGUUA